AUGGUCUAUCUCAAGUGUAAUCUUCAAAGCACUUGUAAAUGCUGCGAUGUGGUAGCUCAGAAGCGCGCAAACAACCACCUAUUGUUAACAAUGUCAAAAUCAACCAACUACAAUGAACGAGUGUGUUUGAAUGAAAGAGAUCGUGUUAAUGUGGUUAAAAAUUCAAAUUCCACUCAGUUGUCAAAUCUGGACCCGCAUACAAUCAACUACCGCUCUCCUUCUUCAUCUUACGGUGUGUGCGUUUUCUUUGUCUUCCCUCCUUUUUCGGAGCCCACAAGACGUUGUCCAUCGGUUCUCCCAAAACAGGAGCUUUACUGUCAUGCAAACAUAACAUGCUGCGAGACGCGCAUCUUCUGGGAGCGACCUUAUCGUGAUUGUAAUCAGUUUAUUCGGGUAAUGGAUGAAUCAUUGGAUAUUUUCUUUUCCAAAAUGCCUGCGGAAUUCGCUGGCGCAUGGCACUAG